AUGACAACUGAGCAACAUAACGGUCAGGCUUCGGCCUUCAAUUGGCUCAAUGCUAUCUCCGGAGACAACGGAAACUUCGACCCACGGACAUACCGAGUCCAUCAAACAACCACAUGCAACAACAAAGGGGAACUCAUCAUCGCUGACCCCCUCUACGCCCCGACUCUUGAGCGGGCACCCUAUACCUACAGCGUGGUGAACUGGGUCCGGGUCACCCAACAUAUCCCCGACACAAUCGGCUUCGAGAUACCAGAGGAGUGGGAAGAAUCUAGCUGCUGCAGCAGCGCCGAUAGCCUAUUAGGGGGGCUGCAGACCCCGAUCAAGCUGGAGGCCGAACCACCAUUCCCAAAACCGAACACCCGCGAGUCUUCUCUAUUUGACCCACACAAUCAGAUCAGCAAACGAUCUGAAGCCUGA